UGUCAACAGCAAAAACACUCUACACACACCAGUCUUUACUCUAUGCCUGUAGAAUAUUUUUGUUUUUAAUUUCUAUUAGACGGGUAGAGUGACAGUGACAAUCCAAUUUAGUAUUUGGAAUUUGAGUUUAUAUCAAAAUAAUAACAAAAUGACUUUAGAUUCAACAAAAUCGGAAGAACAAAUCUUUUCUACCAUUACCCAAGAAUAUAAAACUCUUGCUGAAUACAAAAUGGUAGCAGCAGAGAAAAUAUCUGGAGUUUAUGUUAUUCCAUCUUUUGGAAACUCUCUUUCUUGGUUUGGAGUAAUUUUUGUCCGUACUGGUUUCUAUGCAGGAGCAGUAUUCCGCUUCAACAUUUUGCUUCCCGAAAAAUUUCCUCAAGAUUCUGCUGCACCAACGAUUAUAUUUGAGAAUGAAGUGUUUCAUCCUCUUGUCUGUCCAUUUACUAGAGCUUUGGAUCUUUCGGCAGACUUUCCAGUCUGGAAAGUGGGCGAGGACCAUGUUUGGCAUGUGCUGAAAUUCAUGCAGUUUGUAUUUUUAGAUCCGUAUGAGUCAAUGAGAGCAAGUCCUUCUGUAUUAAACAAGGAAGCAGCUGAUCUGUUUGGCCAAAACCGUGCUGAAUUUAUUGCACGUGCCAAAAAAUGUGCGGAAGACAGUAAAAACCGCGUCUAUGAUGCCCCAACAUCAGAUGACCCACAUUAUAUUGUUUUUGAAAAAUUUAAUGAAGAAACGCAUGGUCCAGUCAUUGAAAAUAUAAAAUUCAAGAAUUAUGAAAGUGAUUCAUCUCCAUCUGGAUCUAUGGGUCUUUCAUGGGUAAAGGAAGGCGAAUUCAAAGCACUUAGCAUAGAGUAGUUUUAAUAUAGAUAGAUGAGAUAUUAUUUAUGUACAAAAUAUCACAGUAAAAGUAAAAGUAUUAUUGUGCAA